UGAAAUUCACAUUUACACUGUCAACAUUUAGAAAAUAUCGAAUGUCGAUAACAAGUGCUCGCGCACUAAACCGAUCUGGCAACGCCUUAGCUUUGUCCUCAGGUCCAAGCAUCAGAAUUAUACACCAGCUGGUUCCAGCGCCAAACUUUACUCCAUUUCAAUCGAACACUCUACCAACAUGUCAGUUGCAGAUACCAUGGAGUACAUUACCCUCGGCAAUCCUGUUAGUCGAGUCCUUAUCUCUUCAACAUCGACCAUGCUGCGUGCAAUAGGACUUCGUCCUAAGCAAGUACCAAUAAAUGACCCAAAAUUGCAAUUGCAAACCCCGCAAUUACCUUUGAAAGUGCCAUUGUAUAGUUUAAUGGGAAGCCAUUAUAAUUUUGUAAGAAUCGCCGGCUUAGGCGGCGCGUCGGCCAUUUUUAUGGGCGCCUAUUGUAAAUAUUUCCUGAAGGACGUGCACGAUCCCAAGGAGCAGCAGGAGGCACAGGCUUUCGCCGAUGUUGCUAAUAGAAUACAUUUUCUGCAUUCUUUCGCUCUCAUGUGCAUGCCUCUGGCUCAUUACCCAGUAUUUACUGGCGCUCUGAUGACUGCUGGCACCGCACUCUUCUCCGGGUGCAUGUAUUACCGUGCUCUGACCGGGGAGAGGGGACUGCAGCAUUAUGCCACCAUUGGGGGAUUCUGUUUGAUUGGAGCCUGGCUAUCUCUGGUGUUCUAGAUGGAUGCGACAUUCACAUAAAUACAUUAAAUACAAUUAUCUAUUUAUAAAAUCAACUAAAGCUAAAGCCUAGAUGAAGUUAUGUGUGUACAGCAACUGCUCUAUGUAUAAAUAUAUAUUUUAGGCGCUUUUUAAAAGCGUGUUUUCAUAUUCAUUUUAAAUGUAAGUUGUUCUAGCACUUCAAUUUAAAAAUUCAUUAAGAUUUUCAUUUUGUUUUUGUAAUUUGAUAUCAGUUUAAGCAAAUGGAAGAUACUUGUCUUAAAUGCAUUGAAUCUCUUAUUUUGUUGAUGAUUUAAAUGCAGUUCUAUGAGUUAGGAUUACUUGUUUCAACUGAAAAGGUAAUGCGCAAAAUAAGAAAUAAGUAGAAAUUAUAAUUC